UGAAAUGCAAAUUAUAGUCUGUUGCUAGCAACGCCAGCUGACCGUCAUGUUACAAAAACAGCACGCUGUUUGUGAAUAGUUACCAACAAAAUUCCAAAGACAACAAGAUCUUGACUUUAUUUAUCUAAAAUACUGCCUGCAAAAACUUAAAAAUCGAAGCGAAAAUGCAGAAACUCACUCUUUUAACCACAAACAUGGACAUGUACAAGCAUCCAAGACAUGUUCCAGGUUACCUAGGUUACACGCCGACCAUCAAAUAUAAGUACGGAGAUACAUUCGGCAAUACAACAGCCCAGUGGUUCAACGACUACAGACAAGACACGCUAAAAACAAGCAAAGAACGCAUGGGCAGAGGAGGAGAUAAAAACAUUCCCUUCCCUACCUACUACACCAAAAAUCCUGAUCACGUGAUCGGUGCACGGACCACAUCACGUGACCGGUGGUUAGCAGCUCCUAAAUAUAAACUGUUUAAUGUUGAUGAGAGAGGUGUGACGAUUAAUAAAUUUGAUAUGAACGCCCAGCAUUAUCGAGAACACUACAGAGAUCGUACAGAAACCGUACCACCUGUUAAUGUCUUCAUCUUAUCCAAGAUAUCACACGAUACGGAACCCCCAUUAUAUAUUAAAGAAGGAAAGAUAUCUGAUCAUCGAAAAGCAGUCGCGUUUGCAAACCACGUCUACAGAACGAUGAAAACAAAACCCUUAGCGGAUUCAUCUGUAGAAACUCGAAGAAUACGAGAUGUUUUCUUCGAACGAAGAUAACCUAGAAAAUUUGCGUGGCAUAAAAGAAAUAAUAUUCAAGAGAAUGGGAAAUAACCGAAAAACGGCAAAAACUGAACCAAGUAAAACGGGAUGCUAAAUUGUUUUAAACUUGAAAAGGUUUUGUCACAAGAGAAAAGCUCUCAAAGAAAAUCUUUUUUGAAAGUAUUGCAACUUUUUUUCAUUCCUGAAUAAAAAUGUAUUUGUUUAGUCUUAGGUUGGGUACACACAGCACCGUCGUACCCAAGCUAGACCACAAUGCACCAUGUUCGCUAACUCAAAGUCAUUCUAUUGGCAGAUUUUUAUGCGAAAUGUGAUUGGAUGGACGUACUACAGUGAAAAACUGGAGUCCUCUGGCUACAUUUGUAGCCAUUCCGAUAAUCUAAACAAUUAAUAAGAACAGCUUGGAAAAAUUAAUAUAAAAUAAACUGUUUUAUAAUAUGUUUUAUUUUCUCUUGGUAAUAUUGUAAAGAAGAUUUCAAUGGAGACUUGAUUUAUUUGUUAAGAAUAAAAAAUAUGGUGUGAAAUAUUAAGAGUGUUUUUGAAAAUAAAAUGAAGUGAUGCAAAA